CAACUGAAAUUGUGUUUCCCUAACCCUAAAUUCUCGUUUUUCUUCCUCCUUUUUCCCUCAUUCAAAAUAGUAGACUGAAUUUUCCCUUCUCCUGCCGUAAAAGAGAAAUUACGCGAUUCAGAUAAAUUUAAUUCCGAGGUCCUUAUUUGACACUGAAGGAAAUUUCGGAUCCUUAAAUGGCGAAGCGAGAGCUAUCCAGUACUUUGAGGGGCUUGAAGUUCAUGCAAAGGGCAGCUCAGAGAGAGGAGAAAGUGAAAAAGGAAGAAGAGGUUAAACCUGAAGGGAUUAGUACUAUUACUAGAAAAUGUGUGGUAAUUAUAGAAGGGGAUCCUCGUCCUGGAGCAACUGUUGGGCGGAUGUCAUUUCGAAGUUUCAAUCCUUCUAUUGAUAAACUGAAUGAAGAAGCAUCAAAUGUGUCUCGGCCGGAUGCCUCUGGUGGAAGAACUUUGUCUAGUGAAAAUGGAUCUGCAUCUGAAGCAACUCAGUCAAAAGUUGGCACUGAUAAACACGAAGGUAAUGGAGACCUUAAGAGAAAACAAUCUGUCAUGGUUUCCGAACCAGAGUAUCCAAAUAAAUCACCAAAAAAUGGUUAUGGCAUUCAAUCUACCCCUAGCAGCGGUAAAGCCUCAUCCAAAAAGCAGUCAAAGCGCGAGAAACUGGACUGGAAUGUUCUCAGGCCACCAAAGCCUAAUAGGUGAUCUUAAUUAAGAAAUUGUCUUCAACAUAGUGUGGCCAUUAGUAUUACUUUUCAGGGUUCUCGUGAACGUGUAACGUUAUCUCAUAUUAUUAAAGCUCAGCCUUGUUAACUUUCAAA